AUGAGCCUUCACACCAGCAUAGAGUUUGCAGCAGAAGAAGCUGCAGCAUCAACAGACACUGACGUGCACAGGAAGUGGUUCCCGCUUCUUGAUAUCCUCGCAGUGGAUAGCGACACAACCGAUGACCCGCCCAUCUCGUUGAUGAUUGUUGCCCACGUGACAUACCGCUCGUCGCUGCUGCUGCGCACUAUUCGUGCGUGGCGACGGCGUCUAAAGGCGGCGGGGGAGCGGCAGCGGUGGCAAGCGUGCCUCGCAGACGAGUGGUAUGCACGACGGCGCCUUUUUCUCUUCUUCCGCGCGUGGCAGUGGCGCUAUUCUGAGAAGUGGCAUGAGAGGGCUAACAUUCAAGCAGCUAAUACACAUUGUACGGCGUUUGCACUCAGACGUGCAAUGCAUGCGUGGCGGAAUUGGUUGCAGAGGAAACGAGAGUUGCGCAACCGAGUGAUGACCUUGUGUGAAGGCAUCACGAGGGCGGCGCUGUCGCGAUAUUGGGCGGUUUGGCACCGCCAGGCCGUGUGCUCCGCAGCGUACCAGCAGCUGCGCGUAGCUUCUGACAGACGAGUGCUGCAGUGGUGGUGGAGGGUGUGGCGGCGCGGUGCGCUGCGGUCCAAGGCACACCAGCUUCACUUGGCAGUUCUCGUUGUGCACACACCAUCGACGUGGGUGGUGGCUAACACUGUGCUUGGCGGGAAUUCUGCGCUGCUGCAACUUCCGAGAAGCUGUGGCAGCACAGCAAUGGCUUCACUCCAAGUGCUGGCCACACGCUUCUACUGGAUUCACUGGCUUGGCGUUGUGGCGCACCGGCGCGGGCUCCGGCUGCAGAGGUAUAGGGCUGCACUGCGGCACAUAGAGAUCAACAGUCGCAGGCGCACGAUGGUCUGCAGCUACCACACGUGGCUGAUGCGCACCGCCAGCACACUGCACUGCCGCCGCACCGCCCUCGUGACGUGUCGCGAGUACUUCUGCAAAUGGCUUGUCUUCUGUGACCGGCAACUCGCAUGCCGGCGUAGAUGGAAGGAUGCUCUUGAACGCUGGAAGGUGUCGCUUCUGCGUAAGUGGUGGGAACGGACAGAGUGGCGACUGCAGCGCCGUCAGCGUGUCACGAUGGCAGAUGCUUUUUGCGAUCGCACGUUGCGGAGCCGUCAGCGCGCUGCGUUGCUUGAGAAGUGGAGGGAGCGAGUGCACUCACGGCUAGCCUACCGGGCGCUGAUGGCGGAGACGCGUGAGCGGCGUACUGAACUCCUGCGGGACGUCGCCGUUAAUCGCCUGCUAAACGGCGUUCUUCUUUCGUUUUGGCAACCGUCAGGUGGUGAGUCAUCCGUUGGAGAACAACAGCGGCGAAUCCAAACGCAAGAAGAGGUUUCCGAUUUGUGUAUGCCUUGUGCGGCAAGAGAAACUGAUGCUGCUGCUGUUUCUCGACCUCCUCCUACCACCGCUGCUUCUAAUACUACCACUAUUAUUGUGCCUUCACUCCCCACCAGUGGGGACGCUGUGGCCCCCGGGGAUCCUGUCACAUGCAUUAGGCGGCGGCUCGUUACUCGCUCCCCGGCCAUUCCAUUGGGUGGGCGUGCCGCACAUACCGCUGUCGCUACAGCUCUAGCACCAAGAUGCCACAACACAGCGGAGAGCAGUGUGUCACCUCUCCACCAUUCUGACGUUGUUUCUCCCCCUAGUCCGCUAUGCAGGAGUCCUGUGGGUGCCGCGCCGUUGUUAUUCAGCAUGCCGGUGCCGUCUCCUUCGUUAAGCACGUCAAUGUCGACAUUGCGCUUUGACUCCCGCCUCGCUGUUGCGGAAAGUAGAGAACUUCUUGGGGCGUACCGUGCGAUGUUGGCCACCGCAUCCGCGGAGUCUGAGGAGGCCCGCAUUCUUCGCGAGAAGCUCCAUCUGUACGAGGAACAGAAACGUAGCAUAGGAGGAUCAUCGUCUUCGAUUGCACAAUCCGAGCAGCAGUUGCAGCAGCGUCUUCUCGCAUUGCGGCAGCGCGAGUUGGAUCGACAGGCGUUGCGCUUUCAAGUCGUGCAAUUGGCGAAGCAUCUGGAGGUGGUGCUGAACGGUGCCGCCCUUUCCCGCAGCAGCAGCAGCAGC